CAUUAAUUCGGGCCUUCUGCGUCCCACAAGCAGAAAAGCACCAAAUUCCCCCCCCCGACACAAAACGCCAAAUGCAUAUUUACUGUAAAAGUCUCAGUCGUCAGGAAAACGAAGAAUCGAAGGGAAAUCGCGACACAAAGUAUGCAUCUUGAGACCAUUCUCUGUAGUAUACAGUAGAAAAAUUCAGACGUCACUAUCAGAUUGGCCUAAAAAAUAUCCGUCUUUCAUACCAUGAAUGAGUUCACUCGGAUGUCUUGACCUUCUAGGCCUUGAUUCAACUUUGUAGUAAAGCUGAUUGAGGCGUUUGUAUGUAAAACCAGAACCAGUUUGCUGAUCACUGAAAGCUGAAUUUAUACAUGUACAGUGGAAGAAUGACAGAAGCAUGGCAACAGCAGCAUGUGGUGGCCCCACCUCCCGUCGGGCACCCUCUUCUGCAAGGCGGCGAGAAUCCUCUGGGCAGCGCUGCGUACGGGAUCGUCCUGCAGGCGGAACCCGCUUUACAGCAGUCUCAGCACGGCCAACAUGGGCAGCAGCACCCGCUGCCAGCUCAGCAGCCUUCGCUACAAGUGGGGAGUGAAGGCGGCCACAAAUGCGGAGCGUGUGGCCACGACAUAUCCCACUUGGCCAAUCCCCACGAGCAUCAAUGCAUGGUUAACCAAGACCGAUCCUUCCAGUGCACUCAGUGCAUGAAGAUCUUCAACCAGGCCACAGACCUUCUGGAGCACCAGUGUGUCCAGGUAGAGCAGAAGCCGUUCGUGUGUGGCGUGUGCAAAAUGGGAUUCUCUCUGCUAACGUCUUUGGCACAGCAUCAUAAUGAGCACUCCACCAGUAACAAUCCCAUGAAGUGCUCUAUCUGCGAAAAAACCUACCGCCCGGAUUCGGCUUCGUCAAACCCUCAGCAGCCCUCCACCGGCGAGACGUCCAGCGAUGGGGCAGCCAUGGGUUCCUCUUCCUCCACGGCGUUUCAGGGCACUGAUCGUCCGUAUAAGUGCUCCGUGUGCAACAAGGCCUUCCGGCACCUCUCUGAACUGUCCCGUCACGAAAGGGUGCACACGGGCGAGAAACCCUACAAGUGCGACACCUGCGACAAGACCUUCAGUCAGGCGUCACACCUGGCACACCACCAGCGCACUCACAGCGCGGACCGCCCUUAUAAAUGCGCCGUUUGCGAGAAGACCUUCAAGCACAGGCAGCACCUGGUACGGCACAUGUACGCUCAUUCCGGCGAGCACCUUUUCAAAUGCAACCUGUGCGAGCUGCAUUUUAAAGAGUCUUCCGAACUGCUGCAUCACCAGUGUCAGCCCGUCGGAGAGCGUCCCUUCCGCUGUGCGGCAUGCGGGAAAAGCUUCAAACGGCCCUCUGACUUGAGACAACACGAGCGCACGCAUUCAGAAGAGCGCCCUUUCCAGUGUGAGGAGUGCCAGAUGAGCUUCAAACAGCAGUAUGCCCUCGUCCGCCACCGGCGCACGCACAAGAACCCGGCGGAUCGCCCUUUCAAGUGCAAUCAAUGUGACAAGGGUUUCCUGCAACCUUCCCACCUUCUGUACCACCAGCACGUCCACGGCAUCGAGAGCUUGUUCAAAUGCGCCGCUUGCCAGAAGGGCUUCAGACAAUCGGGAGAGCUGUUACGGCACAAGUGCACGGAAUCAAACUCUGGAUCCAACGCUCCGGAGAAGCCUUACAAGUGCGACGUGUGCGGCAAGGGCUACAAAAAGUCGUCGACGUUGCAGCGCCACCAAAACUCCCAUUGCACCGAAAAGCCGCUCAAAUGCUCGCUGUGCGGCCGCCGCUUCCAGUCAUCAUCAGAUUUCGUGCAGCACCGCUGCGACCCCGCCCGAGAGAAGCCGAUGAAAUGUGGAGACUGCGAGCGGCGCUUUAAAUAUUCGUCUGAGCUGCAGAGGCAUCGCCGAGUGCACACCGGCGAGAAACCCUUCAAGUGUCCCACAUGCGACAAAGGAUUCAAGCAACGCGAGCACCUGGCUAAACAUGGCAUCGUUCACUCUCGUGAAGCCCAGUUUAAGUGCGUGUGGUGCGGAGAGUGUUUCGGAGAGCUCGGGGCCCUUCAGGAGCACACGGUUCAACACACCGCAGAAGGAGGAGGUUAUCCAGCAUCCUCUUGCAUCGAGUAGUUUUUCAAAAGAAUGGCUCCAUUGCACGCAAUAGUAACUCUUUCGUACACAUAUUUAGCGAAACUGUUCUUUUGUAUAUCACAAAAUUUGAAAACUGUACAAAAAGUGACAGCUUGUACACGUUUUGACGUACUCUGGGUAGGUGUCAGCAUCUACUUCCCAGAUGGAAACUUCAGUGUUGACGAACAGAACCGAACACUAUAUAGGAAGCUACUCGAAAAUAAGCUGGUCGUAAUGAACACUUUUGUCUCCUGUGCGACUCAUAAUGAUACUACACCACGUUAUAUGCUUACAACUGGUGAUCUUAACAAAAUGAAUUUUACAUCACAGAGCAACUAAAGAUGAUUUAGUUUGAGUUUUGCUUUGUUUCUUAAAUUCACUCUAAUAGGAGAAAGUGCAGCUGGACGUUUUUUUAGACUGACUUGAAUUGGUACCCAAGAUAUGAAGGGUUAGCAAUUCUGGAGCUGCUCUUCUGCUGUUUAUCUGAUUUACCACAACCUGAUGUUUCAUUGCGUUGUUUUUUGGCCUUGUAACUUUCAAAUGAACUGCCUUUCUUCCAGCGCUCUCCAUCUGCAGUCUUACGCUUCCUUGUUAAUCAUGGAACGUGAACACUGUAUCGCCAUCUAAACAAUAUAGUGAUUGUAUGUAUUUGUAGUGUAUAACUUCACCUAACCCAUGUUGUAACAGGGUAUAUGUAUGCAUGAAUAGCCUAAAAUAAUGAAUACUGUUUGUUGUAAUCUGUCACUGGUGCAUUCUGCUAUGUUUACUCGUAGCUACACAAAUAUUUAGCCAUUUUUUCACUAGCGACUUUUGACUCAUCUCUAACAGCAACGCGAUCGUUUGCGAGCAGUUUUAGUAGUAAAUUUAUAGUACUACACUAAUUUACAGUUACUCAACAAACUGCCAGGCAACAUAGAAUGACGACGCAGUAUUUUUUUUGCGUAUUGCAAACAGACGUUGUUGCGUAAGCUAAACGAUACUGUAGAAUUUGUAAAGUUAUCUGUACAUGGAUGUUUUGUAUCGCUUUGAGUACAGUGUUAGAGGUUAGUAUAUGUUUGUGUAUUUGCAUUAUACUGUAGAGUGUGUUUGUGUGUCUGUGAUCUGUUUCCUCUUUACUUUAGGUGUAUUAUUGGUCUGCCACAUUCAGUUUUUUGCCACAAGUUCUUUGCUUUCCACUUGGGUAGAAAAAUGUCACAAAUACCAUAUAUGAGUUGUUGGUAUUUCAUUUUGUGCACACCUCAUUGAAUCUCUUGAUAGUCCCGCUGUUCAUUUAAGUUAAAGUACUAAAACAAGGCAUAAAUAAAAAAAGUAUUUUGAUAUUCGAAAAGUAAUUCGAUAUAUGAAAUUCAAGUGUUGGAGUUCAUAUUAUAUGUUAAAUUCUAUACUCACAAGUGUUAAGUGAUGGGCGAGUGUUCUAUGCCAACUUUGAGUACAUCAGAAAUACAAUACAGUAUCUUAAUGUCUUAAGCAUUUUAAUCCGAUCCAUAUAAAUGAUAUAUUGUAUGAUUCUAAUAGCUUGAAUGUAGACAUCCGAAACGUUUCUUUCUCAAUUUUUAUGCCUCUGGAAGCCUUAUUGACAGAAAAUGGCUUAUGUGUCAGUAUUGUUUGUUUUUGUUAUAGCUUCAUAUACUCUUACGUUCAUGUGCAUUAAAUGCAGUUUUGGUUCAUGUACUCUUAUGUUCAUGUGCAUUAAAUGCAAAUAGAGACUGAACAGUGUCAUUGCUUGUGAAGCAAAAUUCUCAAACAAAUCUUCUGUGUGAUUGAUUGAGGACAGAUGUGAUCCCCCACCGUCAGCACCUUCUUCUGUACUGUAUGUCACUCAGUCCUUUCCUGUGUAACUUCUUUCUGUGUUUCUAGAGAAAUCAGUGAAGAGACUAAAGUUGUAAAUAUGCCAUUAGGUUUUUCUUUAAUUAUCACAAAGAUGUGGCAUGUCAUAACCUCACAAGGCAUUGAAAAAAUAAAUGUUUAUAAACCUUA